AACGCCUGAUAUUUUAGUUUGACAUUCACAUACCAUCGAAAUUCGUUUGUGUCGGCAUUUCAAACAACAGUGGUCUUUUACAACACAGUUUUUUUGGGAUUAUCCAUUGAAAUAUCGAUAAAUUCGCAUAGAAUUAGUAAUUUCGAUAAGGAAACGGAGUUUCGAUUCUCACAAGAUGCAGCCAACAGUUGAGGAAAGUGGUAUCGAUAGCGAGAUGAAAUCACAAGAGCGUUUUGAUGAAAAGAAUUGCAUUGAUUUAGAACGAUAUCGCAAUUCAGUGCGAACAUUCAUUGAUUUGCGUCGAUACCGAACGGCACUAUUUUGGGCAGAGAAGACCGUAGUCUUGGGUGAUUAUCAGUCAAAAGACAUUUACUGGUGGGCACAGUGUAUGUUUUUAUUGCGUGAAUACCAUCGUGCCAUACAUAUCAUUAAGUUGUAUGGUUUGGAACGGACGAAUAUCUUUUGCCUUCAUUUGUUCGUCGAAUGUUUGUACGAGGCAAAAGAAUACACGGAAGCAAUUGAUCUAAUGGGUUCCAUCGAUUUGGAUUAUUUAUCAAACUCUGUCAUAAAUACAGAUAAUACAAAUGCCGAUGAUACGGCGUUACAAAUUUUGGCCAUCGUUGAUAUUGACGACAUUGGACCGACCAAAUCGGAAGUCAUAUCGGCGAUUUACUUUUUAAAGGGUAAAAUACACGAAGCAAUGGAUAACCGAAUUAUGGCCAUGAAUAGUUAUAUUGAAGCGUUACAUUUGGAUGUGCAUUGUACCGAAGCAUUAGACGCGCUUGUUCAACACGAAAUGCUAACAGCCGCUGAGGAGCAAGUACUCAUUUCGCAUUUGCCAUUCGACUCUCAAUGCACCGAGAAUGAACGGAGAAUCGUUGAAAAAUUGUACAAAAGCAAAAUGAAGAAAUAUCAUGAAUCAACAUUGUCCCAAACGUCAAAUAAUCCAAACCAAACACCAUCACAGAACUUUGAUAGUGUGGCCACAAUCAAAGCCAUUUUGGAACAAUCAGAAAAAACGCGAACAGAACGAACGAAUACAGAAUUAAAACUCGGUGCCAAGGAUGUUCCAAAGUUUUUCACACCAGCACAGCAAGACGUUCGUACACCAUCACCUCCUAAAUUCGCUCAAGACAUCAAAGCAUCAUCGUUAUACUCUCGACUGAAUAAGCAUGAAUCGCUGCUGGAUGGAUCUAUCGUAAAUAUAACGCCACUCCAUUCAAAUCGUGUGGUUGGUUUGCAAAGCAAAUCCAAACGGAAAUCAAUCAAAAAUUCCAGCGAAACAAAACAGUGCGUAUCAAUAUCAGCCAUUGUCAGUUUCGAUCGGCUGAAUCAAAGUAUUGACAUCAUGACUGAACGGGCGGCGCAUCUCUUCUACAACGGUGAAUACAAGAAUUGUAUUAAUAUUCUCAAUGAGAUUUUGAGGAAUGACCCAUAUCAUUGUCCUGCGUUAAUCAUUUUAAUCGGUUGUUUGAUCGAAUUGAAGGAAUACAGCAAAUUGUUCUGCAUUGCCCACAAGUUGGUUGACUUGUACUCCGAUCAGGCGAUUUCAUGGUACGCUGUUGGUUGUUAUUAUGAUUUAAUUGGAAAAAGCGAUCCAGCUAGGCGCUAUUUAUCGAAGGCAACCUCAAUCGAUCGAUUAUUUGGACCAGCAUGGUUGGCAUAUGGACAUUCAUUUGCCAAAGAAAAUGAACAUGAUCAAGCAAUGGCUGCUUACUUCAAAGCAACACAAUUGAUGCGUGGAUGUCACUUACCAUUUUUGUACAUUGGCGUGGAAUGUGGACUCACCAAAAAUUAUGACCUAUCGCAAAAGUUCUUCUAUCAAGCAAUGACCAUUGCUCCGCUGGACGUGUUUGUAUUGCACGAGUUGGGUGUAAUCAAAUUUGAAUAUGAACAUUUUGAUGAGGCCGAAGAAAUCUUACGAAUCACGUUGGAAAUGGUGACAAAAAUGGCAAACGAGAACGAAGAGCCGAUAUCAACACGUUGGGAGCCAUUAAUCAAUAAUCUCGGGCAUUGCUGCCGCAAAAAUAAGAAAUACGAUGAGGCACUGAAAUAUCAUAAGCAAGCCCUGUCAUUGAAGCCACAAAACUCAGCGACAUACACAGCAAUUGGUUUUGUGUACGCACUGAAAUUCAAAUUGGAACAAGCCGUCGACUAUUUGCACCGAAGCUUAGCAUUGAAGCGGGAUGAUAUUGUGACAACGGCAUUGCUAAAAUCAUGUUUAGAAGAUUUGAUGAAUGAGGAUAGUUUGCCGAAAAGUCUAUCCGGUUCGCAGGUCGAUCAAGAUGUGGACGGAUUUAGUAGCGCUCAAAAAAGAGAAACCAAGUCAAAGCAUCAUGCAAACUAUGCAAUAAAACCGAGUUGCAUGAAAAUCAACUUUGAUGAUGAUUCGAAUCAGUCGCAGGGAUCGAAUUUGAUCGAUCUCGACAUGAGCAUGGAGUAAAGGAUCAUUUAAUUUUUUUUUUAUACACAAAACAGACAAAAGUCUGUAAACAAAAAAGCCCAUUCAUCAUUGUUAAAUUUAAAUGGAAAUAAAGAAGAAGAAGAAAAAAAACGUGAAAUGGAUCAUUAAACAAUAA